AUGCUUAUAAAUGAACCUCCCAAAUCCGCAGAUAAUGUGAAAACUUUAGAAGUGAUAGAAUUAAACGGAGAUAAAUUUGUGAACGUGAAAAAUUUGGAGCCAGCUGUAUACAAAGAAAAUGAAUACACAGAAUCUGUAGAGAAAUCGGUUCUGAGGACGAAAUCAGAUUAUGAUGAUACUAAUCAAGAUGACGGAGACGAUAUAAAAGCGUUGCUUGAAGAAAAAUAUAAGUUUAAGAACGAUGAAAUAUCGACGAGGUUUAGGAUUUCGAAUGACGAUAGAAAAUCUCUAGAGGACAAGCACAUUGCUUUGGCAUUUCGUUCUUACGCAGUCCGCCGCAUCGUAGGUGGCAUGGAAACCAGCAUAAGCAUGUACCCUUAUAACGUUGCAAUAUCUAGAAACGGCAAGCAUUGGUGUGGUGGUUCCAUUAUAGAUGAACAGUGGGUCCUCACUGCUGGGCAUUGUUUGGAAUCAGCAUUUGAUGGCAGCAAGAAAAAGCUCCAACCAUUUAUAGUUAGAGCAGGAAGUUCAUUCCACAAUCGGGGAGGAUAUCAGGCUAGAGUGAAUAAGGUAUUUUUCCCAAAAGAUUAUGCACCAGGAAGUGCAGAUUACGAUUAUUCGUUGCUUCGUCUAGAUAGGCCGAUGCCUAUUGGUAGAAAUAUUGCGGUGCUAAAUUUACCUUCCAAAGAUUAUGCAGUGAAAGAAGAGGACAUACUUUUAGUUACUGGUUGGGGAAGCACUGAUCACGAUUCAGGUGGACCAGCUGUUCGGGAUGGCGUAUUAUUAGGCAUAGUUUCGUUUGGUGGUAAACAGUGUGGAGAUCCCAGGUCUCCAGGUGUAUACAGCAAGGCGUCAGAGGUCACCAAUUGGGUAGAAAACACUAUAACAGCUAAUGAGGCAAGCACGGUCCCGGAACUGCUGCCGAAAAUUAAGAAGGCAAGGCAGAGGGAAAAGGAACUGCAAAAGUUCAAAGCCCGAGUCGAAGAUAAGAAAAAUAAAAUCAAGAAUUGGCUCCGUGAAACUCUAAAAUCGCCUUCCUUCAUUGCACUCGCAAAGAAGAAGCUUAAAGAAGCUGGAUUUAGAACUCGUCGCAAUUUCGCAAUAAUAGAAACCAAUAACAGUGCACUUGAUGAUAAAAUGAUGGAUGAAAUUAACCUUUCAAAUAUGAUAAACGAUUGGAUAUUAGACGAAGAAGGUGGGGAAUCGGAGAAACUUCUCAAAACCCUUGCUUUACAAGAUGUUAUGUUAGAUGAAAACAGUGCCGAAGAAAGCCUUAUGCGAGCAAGCACAAGUAGUGAGAGUGUGGAAACACUUAUAGCCAUUAUAUCUGCAAAAUAA